AGGCUGUUGCCGCUGGGUCCUUGUGCCCGCAGACUAAGCGGCCACGUCUCCCGGAAGAUGCAUCCGGAUAGCCCUGACUAGCCUGCGGCCUAGCCGUAGCUGCGGUUGCUGCUACGACUGUCGGUUUUCUCCUCCUCGUCGUCGGUUUGGGUCCGAUCUGGGCUCCUGGCUCCAGAGAUCGUGGCAGGGUCGGGACGAACUGAGGCUGAGGGUGAGCAUCGGAUGAUCAAAUUACAUAUCAUCUUUGACUUCCGGUAUGUCUUGGUUUGUUGACCUGGCCGGCAAGGCAGAGGACCUUCUUAACAGAGUAGACCAAGGAGCUGCGACGGCUUUAAGCAAGAAAGAGAAUGCAGGCAAUCUAACUUACAGUGAUAGCCGCUUGGACAUGGCCAGCGAGUACCCCAGGCUGCACCAAGAGACCCAAGAGCAGCAGUUCCAGACAUCCUCUAAAUCGAGCUUUAUCUCCGCGGCAGCAGAUAACAUUAAACAUCCGAAAGCGACUAUCCUGGCCGGGACCGCCAAUAUCAAAGCGACGCCUCGGGCAUCCGCGGAAGUGCCCCUACCCACGGAAGCGGUUUCUGCGCCCAGACUGUCAUCCCAGUUUGUGAGGAGGAAAAAGUCUGAACCCAACGACGAACUCCUGUUUAACUUUCUCAAUAGCUCUGAAAAGGAACCAAAUGGGAAAAAGGACCUUAAAAGAGAGAAAAACAGGACAGCCACUGCUCAGAAUCACUCUCGGACUUCGAGUGUGAGCUCCGUGUCAGCGAGUUCGCAGAGCAUGAAAAUGGGGGAAGACGCUUCUGUUCGGGCACCGGGCAACGAGACGCCUGAUAGUUCCAGUUCUGGACUGGAGACCGAUGUGGAAGUUAAAAAAGAUUCACCGCAAGUUGCAGAAGCUAAUCGUAGCCUCACGCCUACUGACAGCAAAUCGCACGAGUUGUCCAAUCUUCGCCUCGAGAACCAGCUUCUCCGGAAUGAAGUGCAAUCUUUAAAUCAAGAAAUGGCAUCUUUAAUUCAGCGAGGCAAAGAAACCCAAGCAGAGUUAAACAGUGCCCGAGCGCGGGUGGAGAAGUGGAAUGCUGAUCAUUCAAACAACGACCGGCUUGUUCGGGAGCUUCAAGCCCAAGUUGACGAUCUGACCGAAGCUGCCGGCGCCAAGGAUUCCCAGUUGGCUGUCCUGAAAGUGAGGUUGCAGGAAGCCGAUCAGCUUCUGAAUUCGCGGAAUAAAGCACUGGAAACACUGCAGAAUGAAAAAUCACGAAUACUUCAGGAUAACUGCGAAGGGAACAGCCUGCACAGUCAAGCCCUCCAGACCCUUCAGGAGAGGUUACGUGAUGCAGAGUCCACACUGAGACGGGAGCAAGAAAGCUACAAACAGAUGCAGAAUGAGUUUGCGACGCGCCUCAGUAAAAUGGAAGCUGAGCGGCAGAACUUAGCGGAAGCAGUGACCACAGCGGAGCGAAAGUACGCGGAGGAGAAGCGGAGAGCGGAUGAAAGUCAACAGCAAGUGAAAGGAGCCAAAGCUGCCUUGGAAUCUACUAAGCUAGAGCUAGUAGACUAUAAACAGAAAGCUACGCGCAUACUCCAGUCCAAAGAAAAGUUGAUCAGCAGCCUGAAAGAAGGCUCCGGUAUUGAAGGUUUGGAUAGCCAGACAGCAAGCAUCAUGGAGUUGGAGGAACUGAGGCACGAACGGGACAUGCAGAAGGAGGAGGUGCAGAAGCUGCGGGGGCAGAUACAGCAGCUGAGAACAGAACUGCAGGAUAUGGAAGCGCAGCAGAUGAAUGAAGCCGAGUCCACAAGAGAACAGAUUCAAGAUUGGCAGGAUCAAAUCAUGGCACACAAAACAGCCAAACAAGAAGUGGAGGCUGAACUAGAGAGGCAGAAACAGGAGCUCCAUUAUACUGAAGAAGAACUGUACCGGACAAAGAAUACUUUGCAGAGCCGGAUAACAGACAGAGAGGAGGAAAUUCAGAAACUGAGAAACCAGUUAACAAACAAGACCUUGAGCAGCAGUAGCCAAUCGGAGUUGGAGAAUCGGCUGCAUCAGUUGACGGAGACACUCAUUCAGAAACAGACCAUGCUGGAGAACCUCAGCACAGAAAAGAACUCCUUGGUCUACCAGCUGGAGCGAUUGGAGCAGCAGCUGAAGACGGUCCAAGGCCCUUCAGCAAAUGGUCCCUCAAUCAAUAUGGCGGGCGUUGACAGUGGCGAAGGCACUCGCAUGAGAAAUGUUCCUGUCCUUUUUAGUGAUGUUGACGUGAAUGCUGCAGGCAUGUACGGAAAAGUCCGCAAAGCUGCCAGCAGUAUAGACCAGUUUAGCAUUCGACUUGGAAUCUUUCUACGACGGUAUCCCAUUGCAAGAGUAUUUGUAAUCAUUUAUAUGGCAUUGCUUCACCUCUGGGUCAUGAUCGUCCUGCUUACCUACACCCCAGAAAUGCAUCACGAUAGUCCAAGUGGGAAAUAAAACACAAUUCCGGAACCAGAAGGACAUAUUGAUAGGGUCUUCACUGACAACAACAACAAAGCCAAGUAAUAAUGACUCACUGGAAGGGAAAGCUUUUGGCGUUGAAAAAUAGGACAACCGCUAAAUCUGUUCUGUUGCUGCUUUGGCAAGCUUAAAUUAUUCGGCAGGUGAUCUAAGUUUAGUACCUUUCACUUCCAUAAAACAAAAGUAGAUUCUAUGGGAAAAGGCUAUUAAGUGAAGGGUAGCCUUCUUUCUGACUUCAUGUACACAUACAUCAACCAUAUGUAUACCUGCAGAGAACAGCACUGGUUUUUAAGAGUAUAGAUGUAUAUGGUUCAUACUGUAUUUUUUGAUCUGACAGGAAAUGGGCUUUGGUCAGGGAAAUUAACUGAGAAAGCUGAAAUAAACCUUUGUCCUUUCUGUUCUGUUUCUGCACCUUUUAACUUUGUGAAUAUCUGCAUUUGGCUUUCCUUUAAACUAUUCAUGUAUCACAGAUCGGAGAGCUGCUUGGCAGAAUUGUGUGUGUGUCCCCCCCCCUGUAAAUAGCUUUAAAGAGAAAUAAAAAUAUAUUAUGCAUUGA